UUUGACCCGGCGAUCACGAGUUGUCUGGUCACAGAUUAGUGAACACCGAAUAUAGCUUGAAAAUUUUACGUUUUCUUCGAGGUUUGUUCGGCAAAUUUCUUUGUAAACCUGCAUUUGGUUUAAAACAAACUAUGGACCAAUAAAAUUAACUACCGUACAUUACUGUGAGGUCGUUAAGAAGCCAGAUAUGGAUCCGGGAGAGCCCCACAAUGUUCCAGUUGGAUCUUACAGCAAGACUUAUGCAUCUGACGAUGACGGGGAUGCAAGUGCGGCAGGCAGUGAGAAACCGAGAAUUCUAUUAAUGGGCUUGCAACGAAGUGGGAAAUCUUCAAUUCAAAAGGUAGUUUUUCAUAAAGUUGCACCAAAUGAAACUCUCUUUUUGGAAACUACACCGAAAAUAUUUCGAGAUGACGUUUCAAAUGAUUCGUUUAUCAACUUUCAAAUCUGGGAUAUUCCUGGACAAAUCGACUAUUUUGACCCUGCAUUCGAUCUGAAAAUGAUAUUCGGAAUGGCCGGAGCUUUAAUUUUUGUUAUAGAUGCGCAGGAUGACUAUAUGGAUGCUCUUGUAUGUUUACACAAAACUGUUACUCGUGCUUUCAAGUGCAAUCCAAAUAUAAAAUUUGAAGUAUUCAUCCAUAAAGUUGAUGGAUUGUCUGAUGAUCAGAAGAUGGAUACACAACGUGAAAUUCAUCAACGUGCCAACGAAGAUUUACAUGAAGCGGCAAUAGAAAGGCUUCAUCUAAGUUUCUAUUUGACGUCAAUUUACGAUCACUCCAUAUUCGAAGCGUUCAGUAAGGUUGUUCAGAAAUUAAUUCCUCAGCUUCCGACUCUAGAAAAUCUACUCAAUGUAUUUAUAUCGAACUCUGGCAUAGAAAAAUCAUUCCUAUUUGAUGUUGUCAGCAAGAUUUAUAUUGCUACAGACAGUUCACCCGUGGACAUGCAAUCUUACGAGUUAUGCUGUGAAAUGAUUGAUGUUAUGAUAGAUAUGAGUUGUAUCUAUGGACGCGAAGAAAGUGAAUGUGCAUGUAAGAUGGAUUCAGCGUGUAUUAUUAGAUUGAAUAAUUCAACUGUUCUCUACUUACAAGAAGUCACAAGAUUCUUAGUUCUCGUUUCAAUUCUAAGAGAGGAAUCUUUCAAAAAAAGAGGUCUAAUCGAUUACAACAUUCACUGCCUCCAAAAUUCAAUUCACGAAGUAUUCUCGCUGAAAGGCCGCAACGAGACAAAUCAUUCUAUCAUGAACAAUAUUAUUCCGAAUGAACAUGGUGGACAUGGAAAACAUGUCGGCAACCAUGUUGUAAAAACACCAAGCAAUAGCGUAAAGUGAAAUCUUUAUCAACGUUAAUAUAACAAAAGUCUCCUGCAAUAAAUCAUCUGUUAUUUUUAUUGAAGAUAUAGACAUGUUCGUCAAAGCAUAGACUUCUAAUAUGAUUAUUAUUAAUAGCCCUGCAAUGAAUUCGGCCCCUAUUUUCUUUCGUGGCCUACUUUUGGUGCACAAAAAAUACUCUGGCCCAUUAACUUACUAAUGCAAGGAAAAAACGACAGGUAAAACAAAGAAAAAAUUUUUUACGUACAGAUAGAGACAAUAGAUAAAAUGAGAAUUACCACUCUGUUGCAAAACAGUAUCAUCAUUCAUUGUUACUACAAGUAUAAAUGAUUAAUCUAUAACUUUGGCAAAUUAUAAUUGGUUUGCGACCCACUUGAAAAUGUUACUGUGGCCCAGAAGUGGGCCAUUAUCCAAUGGCUGAGAACCGGUGGUCUAACUUGUGUCACAUUCUAUUUUUCUCAUACAGUUCAGAAUGUAAUUCUCUACAAUGGAUUAUCUUCACAAAAUAUGAUAACAAGAAGCUUUUUUUAUUUUGAAUUGUCUUAUUUCUGUUUACUAUUUAUAAUAUGUUGAUGUCAAUUCUUUAGCACUGAGUUUAAAUAAAUUAAGCAUGUCUCACUUUAAAAGCAAUUUAUCAAAUCAGGCCAAUUUUUAUUUUUGUCAAUCCAUGUUUUAGCCACUGGUAAUAUUAAUUUUCAUUUGAAUCGAUUCACACAUUCAAACGAGUUGCUGCAAGAAUAGCUAACAAACUCAUUACUAAGGCUGGCAUUUCGAAUCGAAUAAUAAAUUAUUUGAAUCGGUUCAAACUAAAUUUUUUUUAAUGUAAUUCUGACAUAAGAUUGUUUUUUUUCACAGUGAGUUAGUGGUGAAACAUGUUUUUUUUAUUGUGUCUGGCUCAGUAUUCUAUGUUUUCAGUAAUUUAUGUGUGGAUGACUCAUUACAAUAAAAAAGAUACAUGCAAUUAUGCAUCCUCCAAAUAUUGAAGAUUCGAUUAUGAAAUCAUCAGGUAUUAGAAAAUACCCAGCCCUACAUAUUGCUCAACUUCUGACAUUGGUAUAAUCUCUUUCCAUGACCAUAUAAUUUCUUUAACUCAGACCAAGCUAGUUACAUAUUUAAAAAGCUGAUUUAGAGCUCAUGAUAGGUAGUUCAUGUUAAUUAUUUCAAGAAGUGUAUAUCACUUUACAGCUGUCCAUAUAUAUAAGCUAUAUAUAUCAGGUCAUAUAUUAAUUAGGUCUUUGUACUGAAAUAUAGUUAUAUAGUGUGGCAGAUGCACAAGAUUUUGUCCACAUGAAUUUGAUAUUUCUACUUAUUUAAGUCCGGAAACAAAAUUUAGAAAUCCCUCCAAAUGUAAAAUGUUUUUGAACAUUAUGAUGACAUCCUUUAAUUUGGGAGUAUUUGAUAUUUUCUGUUCUUGUCUUUAACCAGUUGUACUGAAUCCACUCUUUUUAUAUCCCAUCAUUUCUAUAUAUUUUCUAGUUUUCAUAUUUAUAUCAGAAUUAAUAAUUACUAGUGUACUGUUACAAUAUAUGUGUACGAACAAUACAUAUAUAUAAUGAUUUCCACGUACAAAUGCAUGAUAGGUUAUUCUUAUUUUGGUGAGUAUAAUAUGAGAGAAGUUCAAUAUUUUGUUUGCGCUAUUUAAACUAAAUACCAUUCCUACGGUGUAAAGAAGUUAGCAUUUCGAUUUGUCUUUUUUUGAAAUACAAGUGAAGUGGAAUAUAAAUUAUACUAAUGGAUGACACUAUUACAUCUUUCUGCACAGGGAAAUUUUCAUUUUGUCUGGUGGGCCCUUUGGGAAUUUGGCUAUCUCAUCCAGACUCCAUUUCUAUUACAUUUUAACUUUGGAUUACGAAUUUGAGGAAAAAAGCUCCAUUAUAAGCAAAAACAUAUGGGCUAUAUCCACUAUAUAUACCAUUGUUAUUGCAUGAUUUUCAUUCACUAAUAUGUAUCUUUGACACAAAGAUGUAUAUAUGCCUGAGACCAAUUUAAAAUUGUUUAUUUUUUUUCCAUAUUGCUUACUAGAAUAGUCAUUUUGUCUUGAAUGCAUGAUUUCUCAUGUAUUGUUUUGUGUACCGAUCACCAAUGUUAUCGAUUCUUGCCUAAACUAUAGGCUUGAUCUUUUUGAUUGAUUUUUCUUCGUACCAUUCUAAUAAAUAUACAAAUUUUUCA